GCCACCACACCCUAAAUGCCCUCGCCAACUUUCUCAGCUGGCAGUAAGGGACAGCUGGUUACGAGACAAAGAGAUGCGAGCAUUGACGUCGGCCCUCUUAUCCAUUCAUAACUCCCACCGACACCUCUAGCCAUCCGUCUAUUAACAUGACCGCUACCGUGAAGAAGAUGCCCUAUGUCCGCUUGGGAAACUCCGGCCUCAAGAUUUCCCGCAUUAUCCUGGGCACGAUGCAGUAUGGAUCGAAGGAGUGGCAGGGCUGGGUGCUUGGUGAGGAGGAAGGCAUCGCGCAUAUCAAGGAAGCCUAUGACCUGGGCAUUCAAACUUUUGACACCGCAAACGUAUACUCGAAUGGACUUUCUGAGACCAUUCUAGGCAAUGCGAUUAAGAAGCAUAAGCUUCCACGUGAGGAGAUUGUGGUUAUGACCAAGUUAUAUUACACGAUGGCUCGAGGAUUCGGCGAAACCUCAAAAGACUGGAGCCUGACGCACGACUAUGUCAAUCAAAAGGGCCUUAGCAGAAAGCACAUCUUCGACUCUGUCAAGCAAAGUCUCGAGCGACUUGGCCUCGACUAUAUUGACGUCCUACAGUGCCAUGCCUGGGACGAAGAGACGCCCAUCGAAGAGACGAUGCAUGCUCUCCACGACGUGGUGAAAGCAGGCUGGGUCCGCUACAUUGGCAUGAGCACUUGCAAGGCCUACCAGUUCCACGCUAUGCAGAACUACGCAAUCACGAACAAGCUUACUCCUUUCAUCUCCCUGCAGAACCACUACAGCCUCCUCUUCCGCGAAGACGAGCGGGAGAUGAUGCCUACGCUCAAGAUGUUUGGUGUCGGCGCUAUUCCAUGGUCGCCUCUCUCGCGAGGCUUACUGGCUAAGCCUGUCGGCGCUAGCUCGCUGCGCGCAGACACGGACAAGGUCUUGGGGUACUUUACCCGAGGCGCAUACGAGGAGAUCAUCAACCGAGUGGAAGAGAUUUCCAAGAAACGCGGUAUCAGCAUGGCACAGGUCGCGACAGCAUGGUUACUGUCCAAGCCAGGCGUCACCGCGCCCAUCGUAGGCUCGACUAAGCUGGAAAACCUCAAAGACAUCGUAGGCGCUCUGGAUGUCCAGCUGACGGAGGACGAGGUCAAGUACCUUGAAGAGAAGUACGAGCCUCUGCCACCUCAUUAGAGAUCUUCCCAUGUGAGAGGCGAAACCGAGUGGACGAUGUAGGCUUGUCUUGGCAAAGGAGCGCCAAUCAACGCGCUCGAAUGCCAUGUGCAUUGCGAAGUAGAUGUAACUUCUUCUUCGACUCGCUGGAGAUAUGUCUUUAAAGCUUAAAUGAUUCGAAGAUGGUGUCGUCUAUGAUAUCGUGUGUUUCGGAG